GCUUGUGUCAGAUUCAUCGUCAGGUCCUGGAACGUCAUAGAGACUGGAAAGUUCGUGUAUCAGUCGGAGAAGCCUGAAGGAGGAGGUAUCGGCGUCGUCAGUGUGUGUUCUGCAGGAGGGUAGGCACGGCUACCUCAUGUUCAGGCAAGACCCGACCUUCCUUAACUGUCGGCCAGCCAUACACGGUCUCUACCACUUCGCCUGGCAGAACAGAUUCAGCUUCACGGGAGAAUGUAACCAUCCAGGGCUAUCCUCAAGUCGUGCCAGGAGCCAGGUAGCCAGUUCCUCAUCGACAACCAGAUGUUCUCCUCACAGUACAGGAAGUGCCAGGGCAUAGGUCACUCCUUUGAUGCCACUGUGGUGUUCUCGUGCCUGGGUGACUGGUAUGUGGGCGGGAAUCAUUACUUCACCGUUGUCAAUACCAGGGAGUCCAGGAAAGAGGAGAAAUACCGCUGCUUCGUCAGGAACAGGGAGGACGACCUGUACAUGGGUCACUCCAUUACCCCGGAGUGUUCUGUGCUCAAGACCCCAGAGAACAGCCCCGUCAGGUUCAGGCUGUCUUAUGUAAAGCAUGAGGAGGUGAGCCCCGGGUGUUUCCUGCCGAGGAACCUGACGGGCAAGUGGCAGUCUACGGGGAAGGAGCCGAGAUGCUGGUCAACGCCACCCAUAUCAAGGAGACAACCUGGCGGGGGGCUCGGCCAAGACCUCCUCCUACGUGUGUCUCCAGCAUCGUGGUAACCGCUUCCUUAUGGCCAAGCUCAGUGUGGA